AUGACAGAUCAUGCCGAGGCAUACGAGGAGCAGAAUGUGCACGAGGUGUACCAGCAGAUUGCAGGACACUUUUCAGCUACGCGGUACAAGCCGUGGCCAGUUGUUGAGCAAUUCCUUCAGAGUCUACCAGCGGGAUCCGUUGGACUUGACGUUGGUUGUGGCAAUGGCAAGAAUCUCCAGGUGAACCGGGAUGUCUUCAUAGUAGCCUCUGAUCGAUCCGAAAACCUGGCCAAAAUAGCAGUCCAGCAUCAGCCCCACGCAGCAGUGGUAGCCGAUAUCCUCCAUCUCCCACACCGGGAUGCAUUCUUCGACUUUGCCGUCUGCAUCGCCGUGGUACACCACAUGUCCACCCCGGCACGACGGGUCGAAGCUAUCGCCGAGAUCCUGCGAACCAUCAAGCGCGGAUCAGAGACGCAACCGGGCGGGCGAAUCCUGGUUUAUGCAUGGGCACUCGAGCAGAAGAAUAGCCGCCGGGGCUGGGAUAAGGGGGAUUCGCAGGAUCUCAUGGUGCCGUGGGUGCGCAGGGCGAAGCCCGGAUCUGGAGAAGAGGAUCAAACGUUCCACCGCUACUAUCAUCUUUAUGAGAGCGGGGAGUUGGAGCGUGAUAUCGAGCAGGCUGGAGGUGUGGUAGUGGAGUCCGGAUAUGAGAAAGAUAAUUGGUGGGCGAUUGCAACGCCCAAGCACGAUUCAUGA